AAAAGUCAAGCCAUACUUGUCAAAACUUUCAUAGAAAUAACAAAUAAAAAUAACACGAAUAACUAUUGAUUUACUCAAUAAUCAAUAGUUACAUCAAUGAAAUUAUGUAAAUAAUGGUAUCAGGAGACUGCUUUACAUAGUUAUCAUAAAAGAAGUUUAGGCUUCUACACGUAUCAAAUUGGCUCAGGACUUACCGCUAACGUCAGGAUCUAAAUUGACAGACAUUCGGUAAUUCUGUUUCAGUUAGUUUUGUAGUGUUCGUAUUGAAGUAGUUCUGGUAGUUCUACUGUUUUUAGUUUAUAAUUUGCCGUACGCCGUUCGCCUUGUGUUCUUUACAAUGGCGAAUAAUAAUAACAUGGCAGCAACAAGCAAAUUUGCGCUGCCUGUAAGCAGUGAAGAUAACAUGGAUGUGCUGGGCAUGAUCUACAGAUUCUGUAAAAAGGUGUCGAUAGUCGGUGCUGUAUAUUUAGUGGGUUAUAUGCAAUGGAGCGUGGCUUGGCUCAUCGGACCCGUCGUGUUAUCCGUCAUACGAGAUCAAUGGCGAAGAGAGAACGAGUACCGCCGCAACUUGGCCAAGGCCGCUGCCUCCUCCUCCGAAAAAGAUAUUGUUUUGGCGAGACUUGACGACCUUCCAGCCUGGGUUUUCUUUCCUGAUAUAGAGCGAGCGGAAUGGUUAAACAGGAUACUUCUACAAGUUUGGCCGAAUGUGAAUCACUAUGCCAGAAGUAUACUGAAGGAGUCGAUCGAGCCGGCGGUUGCCGAAAGCCUGGCUAAUUAUAAACUCAAUGGGUUCAGAUUUGAACGUAUGAUUCUCGGCACAAUUGCCCCUCGAGUUGGCGGUGUGAAAGUAUAUGACAAGAAUCUCUCGAGAAAUGAAAUUAUCAUGGACAUUGACCUGUUCUACGCCGGCGACUGCGACAUAUCUUUCGUCCUACAACGUAUUCGAGGAGGAAUAAAGGAUCUACAGAUCCAUGGCAUGGUACGUGUUGUGAUGAAGCCCCUGAUCACCAAGAUGCCGCUGGUGGGGGGCCUGCAGGUGUUUUUCCUCAACAACCCCUCUAUUGACUUCAACUUGGUCGGUGCUGCCGAUAUAUUGGACAUGCCUGGCUUUAGUGACAUCUUGCGUCGUUGUAUCGUGGAACAAGUUUCUCGGAUCAUGGUGUUGCCUAACAAGCUGCCCAUUAAACUGAGUGACGAGAUACCCACUGUGGACCUCCGCAUGCCUGAACCUGAGGGUGUACUUCGUAUACAUCUUGUCCAAGCUCAAAACUUAAUGAAAAAAGAUGUUUCUAUGUUAGGAAAGGGUAAGUCGGAUCCUUACGCGAUAAUAACCGUUGGAGCGCAGCAAUGGAAGACCAAACACAUAGACAACGACGUCAACCCUCACUGGGACUUCUGGUGCGAGGCGAUAAUAAGCUCGCGGAAGAGCCAGGUGCUGCAGUGCGAGCUGUGGGACUGGGACCCGGGGAUGGGCAUACAGAACGAUGAUUAUCUCGGCAGAUGUUCCUUGGAUAUUUCUCAAGUUGUGCGCGCCGGCCGAUUGGAUACGUGGCAAACUCUGCAGCAAGCAAAACAUGGGAAGGUGUACCUUCGUCUCUCAUGGCAUAGACUAUCUACCGACUUAACCGACCUUAGUCACGCUAUAACAGAGACCCAAUUAGUGAAGACCGGUGAACUUAGUUCGGCUGUGUUAUCCGUCUAUAUUGAUUCUUGUAAGAAACUGCCGAACGCAAGAACAGUUUCUCGGCCCGACCCGUACCUCACGGUGACUGUGGGUAAGAAGACAGAGAACACGGCGGUGCAGAUGCGCACAGACGACCCUGUCUACGAGAUUGGAUACUCCUUCCUCGUACAGAACCCAGAAAUUGAUCUAUUAGAAAUUAAAGCAUUGGAUCAAAAAACUGGCAGCAUCCUGGGACAACUGACGUACAGCAUUCGAGCCUUGCUGAAGGAGAAAGACCUGUGCAUGUUGACGCAGCCGAUCACGCUGCAGAAAUCAGGACCCGAGUCGAAAAUUAUCCUCGCUCUACAGUUGAAGAUUUUAAAAGAAGCCAUAAAGGAGGAGGACGUAGAUACUGAGUCGGUAUCGGAUGCAUUAAACGCGGAGCUGAAAAAAUUAGAGGAAAACUUGCAAGACAAUGCUUCAGACAAUUCUAUACCAGUGGAACAGAUCGAGAGGGCUGUUGAUGUCCCACAAGAGGAAUUGCCGCCUGGCAGAGAUUCGCCGAAACUUGUUCAUCGUACAUCGUCUAUAACUACUUCUGCGGGCGAGGCGGGGCUGGGCCGCAUCCUGCUCUCGCUGCGCUACAGUAUGCAGCAUCAGACGCUUUACGUUGUUGUACAUAAAAUUAUGAACAUACCCCUUAAGGACCCGACCAAUGUGCCGGACCCUUAUGUCAAGUUGUACUUGUUGCCGGGGCGCUCUAAGGACUCUAAGCGUAAGACUGCGGUAGUGAAGGACAACUGCAUGCCAGAGUACGACGAGCAGUUCGAGUGGGUGAUUGUACAUCUCAACCAGUACGAUUUCCGCGAAGCCAAAACUUUGUGGUUCGACCUCAUGCCUGAAUUACCCGGUGUUUAA